CAGGAGCUGCGUUUUGGUUGCAGUGCUCUUAGCGCUUCCCUCCGUGGGGAAUCUGGGACCCCAGCUGGAUGCCCACUUGUGGCAUAGAAUCUUUAAGGCUGGAAAAGAGCUUCAAGAUCACCAACCCCAACCCAUCCCAGCAUGACACCAAACCACAUCCCUCAGUGCCACAUCUCUGUGGUUCUGGAACACCUCCAGUGAUCCCAGUGACCCCACCACUCCCAGGGCAGCAGUGCCAGUGCUCCUUGGGAGGAGAAAUUUUUCCCUGUUAUCCAACCUGAGCACCCCCUGGCACAACUCGAGGCCAUCACUCCUCUUCCUUUCAGGUGCAAGGAGCUGCUGCAGUGCUCCUGGGGGUCAGGGAUGAGGCACAGAGGUGGGUGCCCCUCUCCUCUCCAGUAGGGAUCAGGGCAAUGCUAAGUGCUUUGCAAAGGUGCCGGCUCUAAAGAAAGAAAAAAACAGUUUUUAAAUAGAAAACAGGGCAAGACCUAAGUGCUAAACUCACAGUCAGAUGUGGCUGCAUGAGGUGGAAGAGCUGUGCCACGGCUCUUCAGAGGCUGCCAGCAUGAGCCCAAGGUGACAUCAGCUCCGGAUGACACCAACCAUUGUCCCAGCUGGGACAGGGCCAGCAGCACUCACACCUCAACCCGGGAGCUGUGAGAAGGGCACUGCCCUCAUUUCUCAUGUUUUUAUUUUUUUAAAACCUUUUCUGCAGCCAGUCAGGCUUUUCUGAGACGAAGACCCCCAGCCACAAUUAUUCAUGCUAUCUGCUUGACAGAUGUACUGCUAAAACCUCACUUCUGCUGCUGUCCCAUUCAGCUGGGCCCAUCCCCAGCCUCCUCACCCCAUGCUGGUGGUGCUGCUCCAAGCACACAGAGCAUCUGCUCCCCUCUCUUCAGCAGCACCUCAAAGAGAAAUGUGGCUCCUGGUGCAGUGGGGACCACGAGUGCUACCAGCAGGGUCACCCUGCCACCACUCCUAUGUCCCUUUGCCACGAGCUGAGCAUCAGCUGUGUGCCUGGGGCAGCAGGGCGCUGGCAUGGAAAAUGCGGCUUCUGUGCAAAACUAAAAGGAGAGGCAGCUGGAGGCUGUCUGGGAGGAAAGCAGAUUGGGAGCCAUAGGGAAAUAGCUGUAGGUAACUGCCCCCACGCAGGGCAUUGCAAUGGGACACUGCUGCUGAGCCAGGGGAAAGGCCCCACAACCACAAGCCCACAAGUGAGGAAGCAAAUGGCUUAAGAGUUUUAUCUGCUCGGUUACCCAUUAUCCUAAUUAGUUUAUUAGCUGCUUCCCAGGGGGGAGGGAGGUGUGCGCUCCUGGCACCACUCCUCAGCAGUGCAGGUGGAGCAGCUCUGUGGGAAACGAGGCUUCACUCAGCCCUGCUCCUUUUGGGGAGCGAUGUGGGGCAGCUGGGGGCAGAGCACCACAAAGUAGGGGUGCAUUCAGCUCUUCCCAGGCACCCCAUUGCGUGCUGUUCCCUGUGCUGGUUGGGUUUCCCUGUGAAGCUGCAGACCGAACCACGUGCUGUGCAAACCAUGGGAGUAAAACCUCUUCCCUUCCAACACGCUCCGUUGGUACCACUGAGGCACACCUUGGCACAGCUGCAGCCAGGGAAUGUUCCCUACAGUGGCUGCUCAGCAAUUCACAUCAGAAAGGGCGUUAGCCCCAAAUUAGAAACAAAUCUCUCCUGUGUCCCUUGCAGUUAUUUAUGAGCUGAUUCAUUUCCCAACCAGGAGCAGGGCACCUCUUCCCUGGGCUGAAAAAAGAGGCAGAACCCGUGGAGAUCCCAUGCAGCAAACCCAGCAGGUUUAACCCAGGAUGUGGGGUGGGUUUGGGGACAGCCAGGCAGGAGAAGGCACUGCUAAAGGGCUGGAGGCAUACCUUGGCUAAUGGAUGGACUUUGUUUCAUUCAGGAAAAGAACUGUUUGUAUUUCCAGCACAGCUCUGGGUGUGCGGGGGAGUCGGCGACGGAGGCUCUAUGGGCAGUGAAAACACAGCUUUUUCCUCAGUGGGUUUCCUAUGCAAAGCUAACACAGUACAGACUGCCCUCAGAUAAGGGAGCAGUGAUGGCAGGGGGACCCCGAGCCCCCCGGCUUGAGGAGCUGCACCAGGGCUGCCCCAUGUCCCUGUUUGGGGCCAGGCAGUGGGGUGACACGGUGCACCCUCAGAGCUCUGCUCCCAUACUCGUGGCAUCCCCAAGUUUCACAUCUGCGGUGCAGUGUGAUGAACCCCACUGCCUUUUAAAGGGGGCGUGGGGAGGCCCCUCUUGGCAGUGGCUGCAGGCUGUGCUGUGCCCUAAUCCCACAGCAUGCCAACACCGGGUGCUAUUUUCUCCUCCCCCCCCCCCCAUCCCUACCAUUUUCCCACCAAAGGAGCGCUCGAUUUAAAACAAACAAACAAAAAUGUAUUUUGGUGCAUGCAGCCCAUUCCUCACCAAAUAAGGCAGACGACAGGUUUGUUUUUGGGCUCUGGCUUACAUGUGUCCCUUUAAGCAGCCCCAGACUCUGUGCAUUGCCGUCCCCAGAUCCCUCUGGCUGUCCCCAAGCCCUCCAUUCUGCCGUUCUGUAAUGCAGAGGUACGAGCUCCGACUCUACAACUUCAUCCUAUCGCUGCUGCAGAGCCAGAGCCCUGUGGGGGGAUCCCACAGGAACUCCACUAUGGGUUUGGGGACGCUGCUUCCUUAGGGCUCUCUGCUCAUUCGCUCCAAAUCCCAUUCGUCUUGCAGCCAGCGCUGCUCGGGGGAAGGUGCUGAGCGCUGGGUCCUGCGGCUGCUCUGCGGCUCGCAGCUCCCUGCCUGCUUCCCUGGGGGCUGGGGGGCCUCUCAGCCCCGCUCGGCGCCAGCAGGCAGCAUCCAGGCUCUUAUUUUUCCGUGGUUUUUUUUCUUUUUUCUCCCUCCCCCCUCCUCUAAAAAAAUUCAGCUUGUUUUCUCUCCAGCCCCGCUUUCCACCGGCAGCGCAGGGGAUGCUGUGGAUGCGGAGCUCCCCGGUUGCCCCGCGGCAUCAACGCCCAAGCGAGGAAGCUGCAGCGGCACCGGGCGCGGGGGGCCAUGCGGGUGCUGGCGGGCGCUAAGCGGCUCGGCACCCCCCCGGCCCUGCGGCGCAGCCUCAGCGAGAGCAGCCUGGGCCGCCCCCGGGACGAGGAGCUCCGGCGGCGCUGCCCCGCGCUGCGCGGCCCCGAGGAGCGGAGCGGGAGCAGCAUGCGGUAUUCCCUCUACCACUCCCCGCACCUCCUGCUCCUGCAGGGCUACAGCCAGCAGCAUGACAGCCUGGUGUACCUGCUGAACCGCGAGCAGCACACGGUGGGACAGAGGACGCAGGCGAGCAAACCCAGCAUCAGCCUUUCGGCGCCGGACGUCUUACCCCUGCACUGCACCAUCAGGAGGCUGCGAGCAUCGUGGCAACGCUCGGAGGAGAAGUUGGUGCUGGAGCCCAUCGCCGGUGCCAGCGUCUCUGUUAACUUCUCCGCGGUGACCCGGACCGUUGUGCUGCGGCACGGGGACCUGCUGUCCCUCGGGCUCUAUUACCUGCUGCUCUACAAGGACCCCACGAAGGCACAACCGCUGCCGGCACAGACCCUGCUGAGGCUGCGGGCCCUGCACCCCGAUGGCCCCUCUGUAUGUGGGACGUGCGGCAGCCUGCUGAAAGAGCGGGGGGGGCUCGAUGCCAACCGACAGAGCCCUGAGCCCGGCGACGGUCCCAGGGCUCCCCGCAGGAGGCUGCAGCUGGAGUUUGAGCCAGAGGUCGAGGAUGUGCUGCUGCGGCGCAUCAUGACGCUGAUCGAGCCGGGGGGGGAUGACCACAAGCUGACGCCUGCCUUUCUGCUGUGCCUCUGCAUCCAGCACUCGGCCACCAGCUUCCAGCCUGGGGACUUCGGGCAGCUGCUGCUCAAAGCGGCCAAAAUGAUCCAGAGGACAGUGUGGGAGCGCACACGGGAGCUGGCUGAGAAGCAAUCCCAGCACCAGGACCCUGCUGCCCUGUCGUGUUUCACCAUUGCGGACCUGCUGCCAGACCUGCAGCACAUCCUCUUCUGGAUGUCCAACGCCAUUGAGGUGCUCUACUUCGUCCAGCAGAAGUCCCCCACCUACAUCCAGAGCAUGGAGGAGGAGAUGGAUGUCAAAGGCUCCAAGGAGUCUCUGUUCUCCUCGACCAUCACAGCCAGCGAGGAGGCGAUGACGGUGCUGGAAGAGGUGAUCAUGUACACCUUCCAGCAGUGUGUCUAUUACAUCUCCAAGUGUCUGUACAUCUCGCUGCCGGCCCUGCUGGAGUGCAACCCCUUCCAGAAUGAGUGCCAUGAGGGCUGGCGGGCGGCCCCACCGCUGCCCGAGGAGCUGCGUCGCGUGGUGCUCAUCUACCAGGCAGCCCUGGACCUGCUCCGGCAGUACGAGGUGCACCCUGAGAUCACCUCCCAGAUGUUUGCCUACCUCUUCUUCUUCUCCAACACGCUGCUCUUCAACCAGCUCCUGGAUAAGGGCUCCUCUCUUGGCUGCUUCCAUUGGUCGCAGGGCGUGAAGCUGCGAGCCAGCAUGCGGCUGCUGCUGGAGUGGCUGCGUGGAGCCGGCUUUGAGCAGCUCUCCCAGCAGUUCUUUGCUAAACUCACCAGCGUGGCCAACCUGGUGGCCAUGCCCGGCUCCCAGCUGCUGCAGAUGACGUGGCCAACCCUGAGAGCUGAGUUCCCAGCGCUGAGCCCUGCGCAGCUGCAUCGGGUGCUGAGCCAGUGCCAGGCGGCCAUGGAGGUGGGCAACGUGGCAGCAUGGCAGCCCUGGGAUGAGGAGAGCACGGCCGCCUUCCAGCCUGACGCGGUGCUGGAGUCUUUCGACAACCACCCUCCCAUCGUCCUGCCCAGCGCGGGCUUCAAGGUGGACCUGGAGGUGGAGACGUUGGAUGACAACAUCUACCGGCACCUCCUCUACGUCCGCCACUUCCUCUGGAGCCUGCAGAGCAAGAGCCCCCAGGGCAGCGAGGGGCCGUGCUCAGCCCCUCCAAAGAGCGAGCCACCGAUCGUGCCAGAAGUGCUGGAAGUGACUCCAAGCCUGGUUAUGACCCCAGGGAGCACUGUUCCCCCAUCGGGCCGCUGCACCCCGGGGGGCUGCACCAACCUGGAGGCGGAUGAGCCCCCCCCACUCACCUCCACCACCAAUGGGUGCCCCUGCCAGCACACCGCCGGCGAGCAGCAGCUCCAGGAGAAGCUCCAGCAGCUGCAGCUGGGCAGAGGCCCGGCCCCCCCGGCCCCCUCCUGCCUGCUUACACCCCCCACCACACCCCUGAACUUCGACUCUGCCUGCCCCGAGUCCCCGCAGGGCACAACCAAGGGGCUGCAGGACCCGCGGAGGAACGGGAUGAGCAGCGCCAAAAGUGGCAGCCCUGAAGGCUGCUCGCCGACCCCCUACGACUUCCCCACGCCAGAGUCCUCCAGCCGCAGCUCGGCCACCGACGACUUCUGCUACGUCUUCGUGGUGGAGCUGGAGAGGGGAGCGCUGGGGCUGGGGAUGGGGCUGAUCGACGGCUUGCAGCACACACCGCUGGGCUCCCCGGGCAUUUACAUCCGCACGCUGAUUGAGGGCAGCCCCGCGGCGGCUGAUGGCAGGCUGGCCGUCGGGGACCGCAUCCUGGCCGUCAAUGGCACCAGUCUCAUCGGGGCCGAUUACCAAAGUGCUGUGGACCUCAUCCGCUCUGGAGGGAAGAAGCUGAGGUUUCUGGUUGCCAAAUCAGACAUGGAAAUAGCCAAAAAAAUCAUCUCCAGCUCUGCAUCCUCUUAACUCUCAUAUGAGGUAUGAGGGUCUGUCAGCAGGUGCAGCUCUGGUUAGGGUCGAGCUGAUGGAGCCCAGGGUGCACAAGGGAGGGCCAGGACUGCACAGCUGCCCUCAGUUUGCUUCCCAGCACCUUGCCCUGCGCUGCAGUAGAUGGAAGGACACACCGGGGUGCUGCACGCUUCUCCCCAGCAGCAUAGAGCUCCUUGUCCCUCCCCAGCUGAUGGCCCCGCAUGGCCCUGCUUGCCCAGUCAUGGGUGUUCAGGAUGCCGUUCCAGUUCUCCUGUUACACUUUCACAUUUGCAGGUCAGGUUCAAGACAGCACUGGGAUAUCAAGGUUGCAGAGCCAGGCCCUGACAGCAGUGGGGUGGGCUGGAAAAGAAGCAGGUGCGGGAGCCCAGCCCUGUGAUGGUAAACACAGCACAAGCACCCAGAGCAGGAUCCCAAGCAGGACGCCUUGCCGGGAGCUCCGGUGCCAUACCUGACAUCAGGUGCCUUUCUGCUGCUGGGCUCCGAUCUCACUGCCCCCAGCCCUGCUGCAGGAGGGAAUGCAGCUUCAGCCAAGGGCUGACACCACCAGCAGUUCCCUGAGACAGAGCCCUGGAGAAUAGGGCUCUCAUCCUUGCACUGGCGCUACAGCCCUGGCAGAUCCCCAGCCCGGCCCUCAGAGCUGGCCCAGCAGAGUGGGGCGUUAUGGAGCAGCCAGGUUCACUUUCCCCAUGCAGGAGGUGUUGGCACCGCAUCCUGUCCACUCCCUCCUUUCAGGGCCAUUGCAAGGCUGCCCUGUAUCCCACCCAGCUCAGAACAUCUCAGAAGUGCUGCUGCUGAUGGGCUACCAGGUGAUGGGAUGCAGAACAGGCUGGAAGAAAGUCAGCCUUUCAGAGUCCCAGCAGCAGUUCUUUGACCCGCAGCCUGCAGCACGGUGUGGCAGGGCUGCACUGGCAGCUCCACCAGGCGACUGCUUGGUCCCUGCAUGCACAGCUUCUAAGUCUUCUGCGUGCUUUUAGCAACAUUAAAGGGAUAAACCCGACCCGAUUUCCACAUAUAGAGAUAUUGAGAUCUUGUUUAGCUGAACCCUAUUAAAACAGUCUGCCAUGAAGCCCUGCAUCAAGCCCUGAACUUACAGCAGCAUGGUCUAAGCUCCGGCAGCAAAUCAGAUAUUACCAUUGCAUCUCACAACAACAGCUCUCCGAGGAUUGUGAUGCUAAAAAGGGGAUGCUUAACAGGGUUGGCCUUAAUUAAACCUCAGAUAUUUCACUGCUACAGUUUGCUUUCUGGGCUCAGUCUUGCAGUUGGCAGGAGAUGUCAGAAUAAUCUGUGCAGGAGAAACACUUCACACACCAGAUUUGAGUGCAGCCUGGCCUGACUUCUCUAAGGCAAGACGGACAAAGAACCUUUACUGAGACAGUUAGUGCCUUGCUUUUCUGCUGGGCCAUGCUCAUACCAACCAGCCUCCAGCAGGGACUGGAAGCAGUGUGUCACUCAGCCACUGACUCAGCUCUACUGGGCGAGCAGAGGCUCAGGGCUCCUGGUGACGCUGGUGAUUCACUGGACUUUGACUCAGGAGGUGAGCUGGUUCCUGAGCUCUGCAGAGCAGGAAAGGGGCUGCUCAGAGCCCCUGGUAAAAUUGCAUGCACUCCUUCCUUCUCUCUCUGCCCAGGAACCAGGGCUUCGUGGUGGCCUGGUGUACACUAGCCUGAAUUGGAGCUGCACUCUGGCCAAUUCAGUCAUACCAGAGCAAAAUCCUUUGCUCUCUCUGGGGCCUGACUCCCUAAGCACACCUGGAGGCACUGUACGGCCCCAGAGCUUUAUGUUACAGUGCAGUGAGGUAUUGAAACAAAUUGUGAACAAACCCUAGUAUUUACUAGUGUGCAUGAGGGCUUGCUUUUCCUGGGAGGAGUGGGAUGUAUUUACUUUUCUGUUUGUUAAUACUGUACAGCUCAGAUAUGUAUAAUAAACUUCUUGUGCAGAUAAAGAGCACAGCAUGGCACCUGCUUGACAGGGGGCAGAUGAAAAAUGCUCUUGGUGUCAACAAUAAACUGGAGUGAUAAAUCUC